ACGGCACACGAUUUUUGCGGGUUUCCGAUAUUUUUUAAACGCUAUUAUUGUUCGUUUGUUGUUAUUGUUCCUGUAUAAACAGAAAAUAAUUUCAUAAUUUCUUGUGACAAACAUAAUAUUGUUGGGAAUUGAAAUUUUUCGUUUCUGCUGUUUCGAUAUAAACCUUAACAUAUCCUCAUAUCAUUACGUACCGCCCCGAAGAUGACGUACAGGUUUAUGUCAACCAAACAUCAAUGAAUUAAACAUAACUGUUCAUGUGAUGUGAGAUGGAUACAUAGAUAAUUCGUACGGCUUGUGGCUUUUUGUUCCGGUUGAAUUCGAGGAUUCGAUAAGUCCAAUACCUGAAAAGUAUGUCAAUCAGUGUGUUUGAAGUUCAUGAUACAAAGUGAAAGUUUCAUCUGGAUGUGACAUACAUUGUGUGUCGACUAACAAAUACUUCAAUUCCAUUCAUCUUCUUUCUUUGUUUUUAAGAGGCUUUAAACUUUGCAGUUCAUUCGCCUCUAAUUCAAUUCCAUUUAGAUCAGCUCAACAAAAGUGUUAACAAUUGUUUGAAGUAAAUAAAAAAUCGCUUUGAUCGAAAAAUGGCAGCGUAUCUCAACAAUCAACAAAGGAUGCAACGUCCAAUGGAUCCGGCCCACGAAAUUAUUCCUCUGCAACGUUUAACCACUAGGGAAGAGGCAACGGAAAGACAGAAAAUUCGCGAUAUAUUUGAUAAAUACGAUCGUGACAGAACAGGACUGUUGUCGAUUCAGGAACUCAAACGAAUGAUAAACGCUCGCAGAUGUCCUGAUCUUCCGAAAGGAUUUGUAAGACAAAUGCUCAAAGCUGCCGACCACAAUAAUGAUGGGCAUUUGGAUUUUGAAGAGUUCUAUCAGAUGUCCCGCGAGCACAAUUAUCUCUUCCGAGAUAUGUGCGUGCGAUAUUGCAAGUUGGUGGUGCCUAAUCGGAAUCCAGCUGUUGCGGAUGAACCUGAUGGCGAAUACGAACGGAGUAUGUCCUUCUGGCCACCCCCGUUAACGAUGAUCGUAUUUUCAAUAGUCGAGAUUAUAUUCUUUGUAGUAGACAUUGUUGAAACUAAUAACCAGAUGGGAACUAGCACAAAUGGUCCGAUGGCGACCCUGUUCAUUUACAAUCCUCAACUACGAGAACAAGCGUGGCGAUUUGUAACGUAUAUGUUUGUACAUAUUGGUUUCAUGCAUAUUGUGAUGAAUCUACUGGUGCAGAUCUUCCUUGGAGUCGCGCUCGAAUUAGUUCACUGUUGGUGGCGUGUGGCAUUGGUUUAUUUAGCUGGAGUUGCAGCGGGCUCAAUGGGAACGUCAAUUUUCUCGCCAAGAGUAUUUCUGGCCGGUGCUUCCGGGGGUGUAUACGCACUCAUUACUGCCCACAUAGCUACUAUUAUAAUGAACUGGAGUCAGAUGGAAUAUGCCAUAGUACAACUGUUUGUGUUCUUGGUAUUCUGCGUUACGGAUCUAAGCGUGUCAAUCUACAACAGCAUAUACGAUCCAUUUGACAAGGUCGGAUAUAUUGCUCACGCUAGUGGAGCCGUUGCUGGUUUCCUGGUUGGAAUCGGGGUGCUUAGGAAUCUGAAAGUUAACCCAUGGGAGCGGAAGUUGUGGUGGCUUGCAGUGACAGUUUAUUUCUCUCUGAUGGGCGCUGGAGUACUGUUCCACAUUCUCCAUCCGAACCACUUCUAUCCAUUGUUUGCGUAAAUCCCAGGAAGCAAACGAUCGGUCGAGUGUAUGGCGUCAGAACGGUUCACCAAACAAAAUGCGUGUUAUUAUGACAUAGUGCCUUUUCCAGAUCAAAAGUAUUGCAUUUUACUUCGGAAAAUGCAUAAAAACUAUUCUGUACAAUCUUUUAGAUAAGGCUAGCUUGUUUUAUCGACAAAUUUUGCGAAACGCAAAGCUAUAACAUAAGGUACUAAUGUAUUAUUUUAAAUGCAAUUUACGCACAACUAGUUGUUAUCGUUGUUUAUUCAUUUUAAUAGAUUUAUUUAUAGGUUUUUAUAUAUAUGUAUUGAAUAAACUUUUUUUUUAUAUUUUUGAGCGGUAAUUUUUCUCCGAGUAUAACGAUGGGUUUUAUUUAUGUUAAAAUAUUUAAUGAUUAAACUUGUACAUGUAAUAUAUAAAAUUAGUAGGAAGCAUAAUUUUUAUUUCAUAUUACGAGCGGAUUGUAACACAUUAGGCCGCGGUGAUACUGCCUGCAGCUUCUUACGAAAAUAAGGCU